AUGGUGAUCUUCAUUUCCUUGCAGCAUGAAGCUGGCAGUGUUGCUUUUGAUGAUGCUCCAAAGAAGAUGUCUGACAUACAGAUGAGAAUUGAAACAAAGACUUCAAGUUUAAAAAAUAUUCAAAAUGAAAUAGCGAAAAGCAAACUUGACGCAGUGGAAGCUCGUAAACUAGAACAAGAAAUCCCAUGGGCCAACACCGGAGCUGAGUACAUCAUGGAAUCAACUGGAGUGUUCACUGACAAAGACAAAGUUGUCGCUCAUUUGAAGAACUAUACAACAAAAUUUGAAGUCUCCUACACAACUAUGCAAGUUAUCAAUGACAGAUUUGGCAUUGUUGAGGGUCUUAUGACCACUGUCCAGUCCAUCACUGCCACACAGAAGACUAUUAAUAGACCAUCUUCCAAGGACUGGAGGGGUGGUAAAGCUGCUUCUUUUAACAUUAUCCCUAGUAGCACUAGAGCUGCAAAGGCGGUUGGGAAAGUGCUACCAGCGCUGAAUGGAAAAUUAACUGGAAUGGCCUUCCAUGUUCCCACCGUUGACGUUUCUGUGGUUGAUCUAACUGUGAGACUGGAGAAGGAGGCUAGUUAUGAUGAAAUCAAAGCUGCUAUCAAGCAUGGGAUGGAUGCUCUAGUCAUCAGGGAAGAGUCUGAGGGAAAACUAAAGGGAAUCUUAGGUUACACUGAAGAUGACAUAGUGUCCACUGACUUUGUAGGUGACAACAGGUCCAACAUCUUUGAUGCUAAGGCUGGAAUUGCUUUGAAUAAGAACUUCGUGGAGCUUGUUGCAUGGUACAAUAACGAAUGGGGUUACAGCUCACGUGUGGUUGACUUGGUUGUCCAUAUGUCAUCCAUUAAUUAA